CGACACCAGCCGACUUAUCAAACCAAACGUUUAGUUCUGUUCCGGACCUGGCGGCGAUCGGCAAGAGUGCGAAAUUUUUUAAACAACGAAACGUGACAUACGAACGCGGGACGCGACCGACGGUUAUUUUUGCUACAAUACUGUGCCAGUGAACACUAAGAUGCCCAUCAAUGUCUCGGUAGACGAUCAUCAACCGAAUGGAACUAGCAACGGGACGGAAACCGCCAACGGCGGCGCCGUCAACAACGGUUUUGUACUGGAAGAUCUCAACGGCAAGAGGACAACGACUUCGAAUGGGGCAGAACAUCACCACGGACCACACCACGGACACGACCAUCACUACCAUCUUCACCACCACCACAUUCGGGAGAAGCCAGGACAUGACUACACGGAGGACGUCAUCACGACGCACGGAGUCCAGCCCCAUCACAAAACGACCUACGCGGAAACGAUGAUCCACAUGCUCAAGGGCAACAUCGGAACCGGAUGCUUCGCGAUGGGCGAUGCGUUCAAGAACGGUGGACUAGUACUGGCCACGGUACUGACCUUGUUCAUAGGCUUCGUGUGCGUCCACUGUCAGCACAUACUGCUGAACUGUGCCAAAAAGGUGCACAACGAUCAACAGAACAAAGGCCGUCCGCCGGACUUUGCGGAAACUGUUGGUCUCUGCUUCGAACAAGGUCCACCAAGGUUCCAGCGAUGGGCCAAACCAAUGAAGAUGGCCGUCAACAUCUUCAUCUGCGUGACCCAACUCGGCUUUUGCUGCAUCUACUUUGUCUUCAUCAGUUCAAAUUUUAAGCAGAUUUUCGAUCGCUACGACAUGGUUCUGGACGUACACUACCACAUGGCGCUACUGCUGAUACCGAUCAUCCUUACCUCGAUCAUUACCAAGCUCAAGUUCCUCUCGUACUGCUCGAUGCUGGCCAACGUGUGCAUGUUCCUGGGCGUCGGCAUCACGUUCUACUACGCCUCCAUAGAUCUACCACCGCUGACCGAACGUAACUUCGUUGCGGACUGGAACAAGCUACCGUUGUUCUUCGGCACGGCCGUCUUCGCCUUCGAGGGUAUCGCUCUCGUCCUACCGCUUCAAAAUGAAAUGAAGAACCCACAUGAGUUCCGCAAAACCUUCGGCGUACUCAACAUCGGUAUGGUGUUCAUCAUACUGCUGUUUACGGCUUUCGGUUUCAUCGGUUAUCUACAAUGGGGCGAAGAUGUCGCCGGAAGCAUGACGCUCAAUCUACCGGAAAACGAAAUUUUGGCCGAAAGUGUCAAGGUCAUGAUUUCCAGCGGUGUUCUGCUUGGUUUCGCGUUGCAGUUCUUCGUCGCCAUCAUCAUCAUGUGGCCCUCGGUCGAGUGCCGGCUGAACAUUACCAAACACAAAACCCUAUCGGAAAUGGGCUUCCGAGUCGUGAUGGUUCUAGUAACAUUCGUUAUUGCGGAAUGCGUACCGAACCUCAGUCUGUUCAUCUCGCUGAUCGGGGCGCUCUGCUCGACGGCCCUGGCGCUUGUGUUUCCGCCCAUCAUCGAGCUGAUCGUGGCGUACACGGACCCGAAGCAGCGGCCCGGCCGAUGGAUGGUGGCGAAGAACGUGGUCAUUCUGGUGCUGGCCCUGAUCGGAUUCUUCACCGGAAGCUACGAAAGCUUAUCCAACAUUGUCAAACAGUGGCUGUAGCAGGUCGUGCAGAGCCGCGACCAGUGAUCCUCGAACACGGGUACUGACGGGCUGAACAAGCUCGGUCAGUUGUUUUGAUUGUUAAGAUUUUAGAAUAUUGUUUUAUCGAAAUAGAGUGGACCAAUUUUACUGUAAA